UCGGCCAUUUUAGGUUGUUUGUUCUUACAGGCUCUCUUUUUCAGACCAGAGAGAAACGUAUUGUCGGAACUGAGGACAGACCAUCGAGCAAAAACAUAAUUUUAUUAUCAUUGUAGAGUAUGGGUCCGCCAGGGAGCAGAAACUGCUGUGUAACAUUUGAAAGAAUGGAGGAUUUCGGCUGGUUGGUCAGUUUAUCUUGACAUGGCUUACUGGAGGGUGGGGGCCAGCGUUUAAAAGAAGAAGAAAAAAACAGAAGUAAAACUAUUUAAAAACAAGAAAGUGAAAACCGAACUGAGUCGACUUUUCUAUGAUAAUUUAAGGAAGGAUAUACUUGAUGUAUAACCUGUAGCCAUGGCGUUACUAUAAGAGGUUACAAAAUGUCGAAAUGUACUGUACCUAAGCUAAAAAAAAAACGGAAUUAGACAGAAUGUAAAAAGCAGAGAACCAUUUACUCGCAGGCCAGGAUUACGUUGCGUAGUACGGGGAGAUAAAAUGUAGUUGCAUAGUCUCAAAGGUCUCGUAACAACCACCGCUAUAAUUACGAUUACUAAGGUAAUAGUAAUGCUAAUGAAUUCAGUAAUGACUUCUCGGUUGUUUUCCUUUUACUCUGCUGGUGCCAUCUAUGUUUGGCAUGUGCUUGCAUCUGCCUUGGUCAUUUCUACCCAUCCUUUAAUUACGUGUUCAUAAGUCACUUAAGACAACAAAAGAAGUAACACCAGCCAUGAAUGAGGUUGGGAGAAGCCAAUGUUUACCUGUUUUAUAUUUGGUAGCACUUGUGUAGGCAUGGAUUUGGCAACAUUCUUUCAGUUCAUGUCAUUUGCAUUUAUAAAAAUAUAUCGCAGCUUGGUUUGAUUUUUUCCGGUUAGUUUCACACUUACUGUUUUUUCGGACCCUUUGUUGUGACACUAAAACGAGUGACAUCUUUUUGGUGGACUGUUGAGUUAAAUUGUAGUUUUUCUACAUGCAAGUAUGAUUUCAUAAUUUAAAAUAAAUUUAUAUAUAUAUAUAUAUAUAUAUAUAUAAAUAAAUAAACAAACAACCAGCCCUCCGUAUCUUUUCAUCAUGACUAUAAAAAUGACUUAAAUUCUUUAACAGUCCUGUCCUUUAGAAGUAGAGUAGGACUUAAGUAGUGUAAGAUACAUUCUUACUCCGUUUCUCAGAAGAAACCUGCCCCCUGUAUUAGAUCAAAUAAAAAAUAAAUGAAUAAAAAAAGGUAACACCACCAGUAAUUCACAAUGGGGGACCCAAACUCCCGAAAAAAACAAACUAUGAACAGACUUCGUGCUCAGCUUAGGAAGAAAAAGGAAUCGCUAGCUGAUCACUUUGAUUUUAAGAUAUACAUUGCCUUUGUAUUCAAGGAUAAGAAGAAAAACACUGCGCUAUUUGAAGUGGCUGAAGUGGUACCAGUUAUGACCAAUAACUAUGAAGAGAAUAUUCUUAAGGGUGUGCGGGAUUGCAGCUACUCUUUGGAAAGUUCCUUGGAGCUUCUGCAGAAGGAUGUUGUGCAGUUGCACGCACCUCGCUACCAGUCCAUGCGCAGAGAUGUCAUAGGUUGCACCCAGGAGAUGGACUUCAUCCUUUGGCCUCGCAAUGAUAUAGAGAAAAUAGUCUGUCUCCUGUUCUCCAGGUGGAAGGGAUCUGAUGAUGAGCCCUUUAGGCCUGUUCAGGCCAAGUUUGAAUUUCAUCAUGGAGACUAUGAAAAGCAGUUUCUGCAUGCACUAAGCCGGAAGGACAAGGCAGGAAUUGUCAUGAACAACCCUAGCCAUUCGCUGUUCCUCUUUAUCGACAGACAGCACUUGCAGACUCCAAAAAACAAGGCCACAGUUUUCAAGUUAUGCAGCAUCUGCCUGUACCUGCCACAGGACCAGCUGACCCAGUGGGGGAUGGGAAGUAUUGAGGACCACCUCCAUCCAUACAUGCCAGACUAGGAUCUGGGCCAGCAAAACAGGGAAGAACACAGAAAAUUACAACAGCAAAUUCUCACUUUCUCAUCUCCACAGAGUUUUCAGAAGACAAGUGAACUCGUGCUUGGAACAUGCAUGUUAACAAUUCUCAUUCAUCUUGGAUCUAACAUUUUAUGAUUCAUUUUAUUUGUAUUUUGCUAUUUGUUUAGUUUUUUAAACCCAUUUGUAUUGCUGAACUUUUGUUCAUUUUGUUUCUCUGCAUGAACAUUGUGGUUUGCUUUUUGCAGUAGUGUUAUUUUCGCAGAAAUAAGAAUUAUACACACAACAGGAACGUCAAAUCUUAGUGGUCUUCUCAAUUUCUGCUGGUCAUGUACCCUUGUCAAAAGCAAUACAGGAUGAUGGAUGAAUCAUAGCAGAGAAAUAUCAUAGAAGUGAGUGAAGGCAUACAAGCAAAACAGGUGUAUAACUAUAGCCUAUUAUAAAUCCUGAAAAUGCAGAGAAACACAAGCAGCUAAAAUGGGGUGGGUGAUAUUUUGGGUUCAGAGAUUUUUCUUCAAUGUAGGCAUUGUGGCUUUUUUUUUUUUUUUUUUAAGAUCUCUUUCCCUGAAUUGCUGUAGAAGUGUCUAAAAGAUUGUUUUAAGACUUACACAGGUUAUCGAAAGGCAGACCAUAGAAAAGACCAGAGAUGUAAGAAACUUAAAAAAAGGUAGUGCAGAUCAGAAUUCUGGUGCAAUAUUAUUGAAAUGCAAAGUUCUAACUGCAAAACUGAGCUUAAGAUAAAAAAUGUUUUCAAUGCAUAGGGUCACAUUAAUUGUUACCUUGAAAGAAAGAUAUGCAUAACAUUCUAGCUACUGAAAACAUAAUAUGUACAGAUUAAUAUGUGGGGGAAAUGCAUUUACAAAAAAGCUGAGGUACCGAGCAAUUAUAAACUGUGGUCAAAAAAAUGGGAGUGUUUAGAUUUAAGCAUUAUAUUUUGACAUGCAGAGCUCUAACAGAGUGUUAAUUGUUGCAGUGCUUUAUUGGGAUAGGUAUUUGUAAGAUGGCUUUACUGGUAAUAAAAGCAUGAAUCAUUAGCAAAUUUAAAUUUGCCUUCUGUUAUAAAUUUGAAAAUAAAGUAAUUUGAAAUAAAGGGUGAAAAUAAUGUGUU